AUGAAGGUUCUCGCUACUCUUCUCGCCUCAGUCGGCUUGGUAGCCGCCCACGGCUAUGUUGACAAUGCCACCAUUGGCGGCCAAUACUACCAAAUGCUAACAGUGUCACAGUUCUAUCAGCCUUAUAUGGACCCCUACAUGGGCAACAACAAGCCCCAGAGAGUCUCUCGCUCCAUCCCCGGCAACGGUCCCGUCGAGAAUGUCGACUCCAUCGAUGUCCAGUGCAAUGCUGGCUCUGUUCCCGCUCCUCUUCACGCCCCUGCCGCUGCUGGUUCAACUGUGACCCUUCACUGGACUCUCUGGCCUGACUCCCACAUGGGCCCCGUCAUCACCUAUAUGGCUCGUUGCCCCGAUAGCGGUUGCCAGAACUGGUCUCCUGGUACUUCGUAUGUGCCACGUUGUCCGAAUGUUGUGAGGAUAAAUGCUAACCUCUCAAAAGGGCCGUCUGGUUCAAAAUCAAGCAAGGUGGCCUACACCAUUCCCUCUUGCAUUCGUCCCGGCUACUACCUUGUCCGCCACGAGAUCAUUGCCCUCCAUGCUGCUUGGGCCUACCCUGGUGCUCAGUUCUACCCCGGUUGCCAUCAGCUACAGGUUACUGGUGGCGGUUCUACCAACCCCACCAACUUGGUCUCCUUCCCCGGCGCCUACAAGAGCACCGACCCCGGUGUCACCUAUGAUGCUUACAAGGAAAUAGAAACUGACAUGGAUCUGUCUAUAGCUCAAGCCUAUACCAUUCCCGGACCUGCCGUCUUCACCUGCUAA